AUGAAGAUAAGGAAACUCCCCCGCCUUCCAGAACUGCUUUUACCUUAUGAACCCUCGCGGACCCUGCGCUCCUCUGGCAGCGGGCUCUUAGUCAUUCCCAAAGUCAGGACACACACUCACGGCGAGGCGUCUUUCCAGAACUACGGCCCUCGCCUGGAACAGCCUGCCAGAGGACCUCAGGGCCGCAGAGAACCCCAGAAAGAAGGCAACGCUCUGGAAAAACACCCAUGCUAUCCUGACAUGUGUGAGCUCCUGAGAGAGCUUGAUGCCAUGGCAGCGAAACUCAAAGCCCUGAAAAAUACAGUGAGGAAGAAUCAAAACCAGAUCACAGAACUGCAGGACAAAGAAAGAACCAAGGUGAUCUUCAGUGCAGCAUUAGGAGGGACCGGAGCCUUUGGACCUUUUAACGCCGCCACCACUUUGAAAUACACAGUAGUGAUUACAAACAUCGGCAACGCCUACAAUUCAGCCACAGGUAUUUUCACUGCACCUGUUGCUGGUGUUUAUUACUUUACCUUCUUCGUUCACGCUGAAGGAACACGUCUGAUGCUUCUGGCUCUGUUCAAGAACUCCCAAACUGUGGUCAUGACCCAUGAUCAGGUUACUGGUGCAGACGGUGCUGAUAAUGGAGGAAAUGCAGCGUUCCUGCGGCUGCAGCGGGGAGACCAGGUGUUUGUGCAAAUGUUAGCAAAUUCACAUGUUUGGAGAAACGAAGUUAGUACGACUUUUAGUGGGUUUCUAGUCACUCAGAUGUGAGCAUUAUUUCACUAUUUUCCUUAAAAUAAACUAAAAAUGCUGCCAACUUUCAGGUACUUUUAAAAAAGGGUAAAGGUAAAAAACCUGACCCACAGCACUGAAAUAAAAACAUUAAAUAAAGCAGAGUAAACAGUCUGCUUACAGAAGAAAAGUUUGUCCUCCAUGAAAACUUUUGAACACAGCAAGCAUAGCUUACAUAGCUCUGUUAACUGUGUAACCUACAUAGAUAGGGGCGCUAUGGAGCUAACAGGCUAAAGCUAAACUCACAAAUUAACAACUAUGUGUUUGCUAAACACAUAGAUAUUAAUUUGUGCGAAAGCUUAAAUUGCCAAAGCUCAUGUUGCUAAAGCUAACUUGGCUACAGUGACUUAUGUAUUAUUGUUAAUGAAAUAGCUACCAUUAGCUUUAGCUAUGUUGGCUUUAGCUAAAGCUAAUGAAAGUAAAGUGAGCUAAUGUCUGUGUACUAAAAAAAAUGGGUCUAUUCAAAAUUUUUAUUUCAGAUUUGACCUCUGACCUCAUUCUCUAUUUUGUUUAGGCUGUACUUGCAAAUUACAGCACUUCCUGCUGUGUUGAUUAUGCAAUAUAAAAUCAAGUGAACUAGUGAACUAAUGCAAUGUGUUCACAUAGGAAAUUCACAUUAAGUGUUGUAUCUCAUGCAAAUGAAUGAAUACAUGAUGAAUACGUGUUUAUGGUGUGUUAUAAAGGAUAAUCCGGUGGCUAGGAUGGAAAAAUGUUUUUUCUGACUCCUUGUAAAACAAUCAGUGAAUGACAGUGAUUUAAUUUUAGCUUCGUUUUGAAGACUGAUUAGGACUGACAAUCAUGUAAAUGUCACAACUUUUAUCUUAUAUCUCUGA